AUGAAGUCCUUUGUGUUGGCAGCGGCUCUCUUCGCCUCGUCGUCUUUCGCAUGGCUUCCAUCAUGCGCUUGGUCGGAUUGUACGGGCAGCUGGGAUGGCACCAACUGUGACUCUAAGAGUGGCUGGGACUGUCUCUGCUCCAACCAAACUGCCAUCUCUCAGCUGAACACCUGCGUCGCGACAUCAUGCACAAACCAAACUGACCAAGAAGCCAUCUAUGGUGCUGUCGCCCAACUCUGCGCCAAUGCCGGUGUCACUGUCACCGCCUCGCAAGAGGCAACCUUCAGCGCAACUUCUGGUGGCUCUGCCUGGCCUUCUCAGAUCACUGCCGGUCCUGGUUUUGGACCUGGCGGCAACUGGAACUCUGGUCAAUGGUCUAGCUGGAUCUCUGCUUGCUCGACUGGUCUUCCUUCCGCUCCAAGCGGCUGGAACGGCCAAGGUGGAUGGGGUGGCCCCGGUAUGUGGGGUGGCCACGGUGGCUCAGGAGGUCCAGGAGGCCCGUUUGGCGGACCUUGGGGCACCAAAGCAAGCGGCAUCAACUGCGAUUCAUGGACUACCUGGACUGCAGGCUGGGGGCCCUUCUCUUCCUGGACCGGUACCUGGUCCGGCUGCAGCACGACCACUGCUUCUCCUGUGCCAGCUACCAUCACCACCACUGUUACCACUGGCGGAUCUACCCAAGUCAUCACCGGCACCACCUUCGGUAUCCAAGCCGUUGCGGCUGCCACCACAACCGGUAGCUCAGACAGCGGUGCUGCUUCUGUCCGCGGUCUCGGCGCCUGCGGUGCGCUUGUUGCCGCCAUCUUUGUCACGAUGAUUGCUUUGUAA